AUGGAAGAAGGCACAAGAAUGGAUGGGAAGAUGGGAUGGAUUUGGAGGAAAGGAGUUAGUGUGGCAAAGAAGGUUCUUGCAGCAGUUUUGUUACUGAUUUCUGCACCAUUCGUUGUUCCGCCACUCGUUGUUGCCUCCACAAUCGCAUUGAUCUCGUCCCUUCCUUAUUGUUUUUUCUUGGCGAGCUAUGUUUGUACCGAAAAGCUUAUGAGAAUACUGCUUCCUGCUACUGCUUUUGGCGGUAGAGGUGACAAAAUGAUGCUAUUCCGCGACAAGAUUGCGCACGGUGAUGAUCAACGCAGAGCACGAGUGGCUUUGAGUGAGCCGAUUCUUGUUCAGACUGAGGAAGAGGGAACUGCCGCAAUAGCUUUUCGGGAACCCUUGAGAGUGCGUAAUGCUAACAUUGUUGUUGAUGUGUAUCACAUCCCUGAGGAUAUGACAAAAGAGUCAAAGAGCUUGUUAGAGAGUGUUAGAGGUGAGGGUAGAACUACUCAAUCACUUGAAAAAGGUUUCGAAGAAGAGGACAAAGAGUCGAGAGCUCCUAGUGAUGCCAAGUCAGAGAAGGUUGGAGCGAGAGUUGAAGAUCAUCUAGCAGGAAAGAAGCAAGUUUCUGGGACAAGACAUGAAGGGGAACUUGGGUCCACUACAACUGAAGCAUCUAGAGGGAAGAAUAUGGAAAAAUCGUCAAAUGAGAUGAUGAAGGUGUUGUAUAAUGAGGAGCAGAUCUGGGCAAAGUUGGAGGCAUUAAGGAAGAUAGUUGGAUACAGUGUCGAGAGGAGCACAACAUAUUCAGAAGAAUUGAAGGCACUUUACAUGUUUACAGGUGUUGUAUUGCCGACAUCGAUGUUGGAGAAGGAGAAUCAAGAUAUUGCACAAGUCAGUGAGAGACUUUGGUUUCUAAUGUCUGUAAUUGGAAUCAAAUAA